AUGGCUUCGAAGUACUUCGUAAACAUUGAAAUCACUUGGCGAGCAGACGUUCACCCGAGGGAGACGAAGAAGGGGAAGGGGGAAGAGCAGGGGCAGCAUAGGCAUGGGCAGCACAGGCACGGGCAACAACGGGCGGCGACGGGCAGCACAGGCACGGGCAGCACAGGCACAGGCAGCAACAGGCAGCAACGGGCAGCACAGGCACGGGCAGCAACAGGCAGCAAUGGGCAGCACAGGCACGGGCAGCAAAGGCACGGGCAGCAACGGGCAGCAAUAGGCAGCACAGGCACGGGCAACAACGGGCGGCAACGGGCAGCACAGGCACGGGCAGCAACGGGCGGCAACGGGCAGCACAGGCACGGGCAGCAACGGGCGGCAACGGGCAGCACAGGCUCGGGCAGCAACAGGCGGCAACGGGCAGCACAGGCAGGGGCAGCAACGGGCGGCAACGGGCAGCACAGGCAUAGGCAGCAACAGGCAGCAACGGGCAGCACAGGCACAGGCAGCAACGGGCGGCAACAGGCAGCACAGGCACGGGCAGCAACAGGUAGCACAGGCACAGGCAACAACGGGCGGCAACAGGCAGCACAGGCACGGGCAGCAACGGGCGGCAACGGGCAGCACAGGCACGGGCAACAACGGGCGGCAACGGGCAGCACACGCACGGGCAGCAACGGGCGGCAAUGGGCAGCACAGGCACGGGCAGCAACGGGCGGCAACGGGCAGCACAGGCUCGCGCAGCAACAGGCGGCAACGGGCAGCACAGGCACGGGAAGCAACGGGCGGCAACGGGCAGCACAGGCACAGGCAGCAACGGGCAACACAGGCACAGGCAGCAACGGGCGGCAACAGGCAGCACAGGCACGGGCAGCAACAGGCAGCACAGGCACGGGCAGCAACGGGCCGCAACAGGCAGCACAGGCACGGGCAGCAACGGGCGGCAACAGGCAGCACAGGCACGGGCAGCAACGGGCGGCAACGGGCAGCACACGCACGGGCAGCAACGGGCGGCAACGGGCAGCACAGGCACAGGCAGCAACAGGUAGCAACGGGCAGCACAGGCACGGGCAGGAGCAGGCAGCAACGGGCAGCACAGGCAGGCAGCCGUACUGA